GCAGAUUCAGAUUCAGAUUCCAAUCACAGUCCAUUGCAAUAUGUUCACGUACCGCUCGAAGCUGAUGCUGUUGCUGGGCCAUCUGCUGGCUGGCGCUUUGUGCUCCCCCAUUGGCGAGGACUACGCCUCGGGCGUCCACUCGGCUGGCCUGCUGGGCAGCUAUGCUGGCGGCCUCACUGGCGGCGAGGCGCUCUCCAAGCUGGACUUUUCGCACGAGUUCUCCUCGUCGGAGCACGAUCAGCUGGGUGCGCUGGGCGAUCAUCUGAGCGAGGACAGCUUCCCGGCCGACUACGGCAGCAGCAGCAGCAGCGAUGCUGGCGAGGAGUAUGCCGAGGCCAGUGAGCAGCACUCCCACUACGAGGAGGACCACAAGCCGGUGCCGGGCAUUGAUCACGGCAAGGGCGCCUUCAGCUACAGCAGCCUGUACGAGUUCAAGGAUCGCGACGAGCACGAGCUGCACCAGCUGCAGCAUCAGGCACUCGAGCAGCAGGUGGAGCACGAGCAGGAGCAUCAGCUGGAGCAUCUCGAGCACCAGCUGAGUCUGGAUCAUCAGCUGGAUCAUCAUCUGGAUCAUCAUCUGGAUCUGGAGCAUCACUACUAAACCCUGUGAUAGUCAACCCAAAUUAUAGCAAAAAGCCUCAACAAUUACUUCGAUGGGCAAACUUUGACGCAAUUC